AUGGCUGAGGCUCUAGGAAGAGAAACAACCAAUUAUAUGGAGCAACCUCAAGAAAUCUCUCUGACAAUCAAUUCACCUUACUUCUCAACCUACCAAUCCAUUCGUACAAUAUCUAGACAAAACUAUCUCCAACAACUUCGCAUGCGUUUACACACGUUACUCACAUCCGUGGAAGGAGAGGGUUCAACGGAGUUUAACGAUAUGAUCUUGAGGAACAACGGAAGAGAGCUUCAUGGGGUUGUAUCAAAGUUGACGUCAGAAUCCGAUUACUUCGUCGAGAUUGUCAGUGAUAAAGAAGGAUCAAGACGCGUAAGACGACUCUUUGGAAAAUUUCACCAGACUGACGAAAUCUUAUUGAACGCUAUCGUGCGUAGGUUCAUUGAUAUUAUGACCGGAAAAUACAGUUAUCUCGUUGCGAUAACCGCUUUCAAAGUCUCUGAAAGCUUCGAGUUGGUUAGUCUCACGCUCCGUGACGCGCUUUACUUUGCGAGCGACGAAAUCGGGUGCAUUGCACUUAACCAAAUCAUAACCGAAUCAAACAAUAUCUUCCGAUAUGAAUUCUUUCACGAAAUAUCGGAAAACGCUGAUUGGCUAAGCAUGGACGAUUCAGGAAACUUUGUGGUACAACACGUGCUUAACUUCCAUGACUUGGAAUGCACAAACCGUGUAGCGUUUCGGCUUUGUGGUUACUACGUUGAGCUUUCGUUUGAGAGACGUGGUAGCUACAUCGUGGAGCAGAUUCUAGAGUCUGGAUCGAUGAUAGCUUUGGAUUUGGUCGUGAGUGAGCUUAUGGAGUGUGGUGGAUUCACGUUGUGGAGGCUGGCUCAGGAUGCGUUUGGGAAUUACGUUGUGCAAAAGGCAUUGAGAGUCACGCGACGCCAGGGUAGGGUUGAUUUGUUUUUUGGUCUCGUUAAGAAGUUGAAGUUGUUACCUUUUCUUCAUCUCUUGCGUGGGUCUCAUCACGGAAGGAACAUUGUGGCGAUUAUCGAUUCAACAAUUACUUUGGAAUUCGCGAAAGAACGUAGGGUUGAUUUGUUUCGUGAGCUCGUUGAGAAGCUGAAGCCUUUGAUUGAUCUCUUGCGUGGAUAUCAAGGAAUAAACAUUGCGGCCAUCAUCGACUUAGACAAAAUUGAGGGUGUGGAUUAA